AUGGCGAUCCACAUGACUUUCCACUUCCUCCUUCUUCUUAUUUACGAAAUUUGUGCUAAACCCCACAACUCUAGUAACAAUGAAGCAAAUGCCAAAAUGCUUCUAUUCAAUGCUACCCUUGAAAACGAUUUCAAAAGGGAUUUCGAUGACGAACUGAUCUACAAUAUAACUGAAGAUGUUAAUGCUACUAAUACCUUACCAGAACCACGUUUGAUUUUGAAGAAAACAUGUGAAGCCCAAAACAAUACGAAUGGAAACGAGACUGUAUUUGUGAAUAAUAAUUUGAAUUCCAUAUAUUUGAAUAAUAUUUACUCUAGAGUGACCACUAAUCUUAUUGAAGAGAAAGUCACGGUGGACAUGAUAGAUUCGGAUGGGGUGAAUCUGUAUCAGAUGGUGAACAGUGACUGUGGCGGCGCUAAGGUGUGUCCUCCCGUGGCACAGAAUUGGACAGACGAGAAAACAAUUACGAUUGGAUUCCUGGGCGCUUAUGGGAGAAGUCCGACAGUGCUGGGCGCCAUGCCGUUGGCGGUGGCAGCUGUCAACCGCGACUCCAGUUUGCUGCCUGGGCUGCGCCUGCGAUUCUUAGCUGCCGACGUGGGCCGUCCACGCGCACACUUACCUAUGGACAAGGACAGCCUUACUUUGAGAGUGAUGACCCAAAUGCGAGACCUUGGCGUGGUGGCGUUCUUUGGACCUGACAGCACGUGCCACACUGAGGCCAAGUUGGCUGCUGCAUGGAACCUACCCCUUAUCUCUCAUAAAUGCACUGGAGCUCGCGGCUCCUCUCACGAGGGUACCAGCUUGGGCACCACCUUUGCCAGGACUCUUCCACCAGCGUACAAGAUCAGCAAGUCUGUGGUGUCGCUGCUCAAGGCAUUCGGAUGGUCUAAGUUCGCCAUUGUUGUGGGGAAAGCGCUGAAAGCGGCUGCGCAGCAAAUGGAUGCUAUCAAGGAACUGGCCCACUCGAAUGGCAUGACAGUGACAGCUGAACACAGCUUCGAGGACUACAUCCCCCUACACAUCUCAGAUAUGGAGGGAAUCGUCGACAAGACCUAUGAAAAAACCAGAGUGUACGUCUUCCUUGGAGAACACAUUGCGCUGGUAGACUUUGUGAGCGUUCUGCAGAGAAGAGGGCUCUUGGACAAGGGCGAGUAUGCCGUGGUAGCAGUCGACGAUGAGAUCUACGAUCCAAGUACUGCAGCCAUCACACAUGCAGACCAUUUGGGGCAGAACAGCAGCAACAUACUGGCGUUCCGUGCAGUACUUAGACUCACACCUUCGUUUCCUACUAAUCCACAUUACGAGAUGUUGUGCCAAAUGAUUCGAGAGCUGUCAGCUGCGCCCCCAUUUUGCGUGCCGAACUAUCACAAGCUCUUUGAGGAUAUAUCGGUGCCAAUAGAAGCUGCUCAUCUCUACGACGGAGUGACUCUCUGGGCCAGGGCUGCGACGGCAGCAAUGCGAGCUGGACUGCAGCCGACAGAUGGAGCCACUUUGAUGAAGUUGCUCCGACCCACCACCUACCGCUCCGUCCAGGGUUUUGAUGUAAAAAUGGACAACAGCGGAGACGCCGAGGGUAACUUCACAGUCAUCGGCCUAGUCGCUGACGAGAGCGCGCCAGGAGGGUGGAGUGCGCAACCAGUCGCUACAUUCCGCUACGCCAAUACUUCUGACGUGUUACCAGAAUUGGUAGGCGCCAGCAAGAUAGCUUGGAUCGGGGGUCAGCCUCCUGUAGCAGAACCAGCGUGUGGCUUCAAUGGUGCCAAGUGUGCCAACCCCAAGGAGCCUGGAGUCCUCACGGUGGUAGCCGCGACCGCAGUCGCAGCGGCCGCCAUGUUGGCUGCUGCCCUCUUCGCUCGCCACUACAGAUACGAGCAGAAGCUUGCUUCGGUCUUGUGGAGGAUCGAAGCAAAGGACUUGACUUUCAUAUCGACGUGCAGUAACGAUAAGGUGAGAGACCCAAUAACAGCUCAAGAAGAUGACACCCGGCGCGCUCAUACCACUAUUGCGCUUUGCCGCGGAAACAUAGUGGCUGUAAAGCGACUUCGGAAGAAGAGCAUCGACGUCACAAGGGCCAUCAAGAAAGAGUUAAAGCAGAUACGGGAGCUCCGCCACGAGAAUCUUACCGCCUUCGUCGGCGUGUGCGUCGAAAGUGGCGCUGCCUGCAUCGUCUCAGCGUACUGCUCCCGUGGCUCCCUUGCCCGUGUCCUGGCCGACAGAGACUUGCACCUUGAUGACAUGUUCGUGGCUAGCCUGGUCGCGGACUUACUCCGAGGCUUGACAUACCUGCACGACUCCGCACUGAUUUCCCAUGGGAACCUGACCUCGAGCAACUGCUUGGUCGACAGCCGGUGGGUGCUACAGAUCUGCGAUUAUGGACUUCAUAACUUGAAGAGCGGUUGUGCUGACGCGGAAGACGCUCUGCGCAUGGAGAGACGUAUGCUGUGGAGGGCACCGGAAUUCCUGAGGGACCCGAACCCACCUCCCAGAGGUUCCCAGAAGGGGGAUGUGUACUCCUUUGGAAUUAUACUGUAUGAGAUUUUGGGAAGGAAUGGACCUUGGGGCGACACAAGCCUUACGAAUGCUGAAAUAAUAGGCAGAGUCCGCCAGCCGAUCGGUGGAAUACUGUUUCGGCCUCCACUGGGCGGUUUGGCAGCACGACCCUCGGUUCUAGCUGUUCUGAAUGCCUGCUGGAGCGAGCGACCUGAUAGACGACCGGACUUGCGUUUGGUGAGGCUGAGGCUAAAGGACAUGCAUGCUGGCAUGAAGACAAACAUAUUCGACAAUAUGCUGUCCAUGAUGGAAAAGUACGCGUCCAACUUAGAAGCACUACUCGCUGCCAGGACUAAGCAACUAUUGGAAGAAAAACGAAGGACAGACGACCUUCUCAACAGGAUGUUGCCAAGGACAGUGGCUGAAUCUUGGAAGCGUGGAGAGCAUGUCCAGGCAGAGAGCUUUGAGUGUGUGACAAUUUAUUUUAGUGAUAUCGUCGGCUUUACUGGCCUAGCUGCCACGAACUCGCCUAUGCAAGUAGUUGAGAUUUUAAACGAGCUCUACACGUGCUGCGACGCAAUUAUAUCGAACUACAAUGUUUAUAAGGUAGAGACGAUAGGUGAUGCUUACAUGGUCGUGGGUGGUUUGCCCAAGAGGUGCUCCCGACACGCUGCAGAAGUGGCCUCUCUAGCGUUGCACAUACUCGAUGCAGUGCCCAAGAUACGAAUGAGGCACACGCCUGCUGCCAGGCUGCAUAUCAGGAUAGGAAUACACAGCGGAAAAUGCGCAGCCGGCGUGGUGGGAAUCAAAAUGCCGCGAUACUGCUUGUUCGGCGACACCGUCAAUACUGCAGCCCGAAUGGAGUCCAGCGGUGAACCACAGAAGAUACACAUAAGCCAUGACACGUAUAAGCUGUUAAAACAUCAUGGCGGCUACCACUUCAAGGAGAGGGGGGUUAUGAACAUCAAGGGAAAAGGAGAGCUGAAAACUUGGUGGCUAACUGGUGAAGAUCACGUCCGCAGAACAUACAGCUUUUACAGACACCAGCCUGAAUUGGAUGGCAUCGAGGGAAGCAACGAAGAGUGGUGGAGUCCUCAAAGGUCGAUUAUGAACAUCCGCGAUCGAGCUCGUCUCUCUUGCGGGGGCUCUCUAGGCCCAGGAUCAGCUCUGUCCUCCCCUGGACCCCCAGCCUGCGCUUGCUUCGUCCCCCAACGAGACCAUCAUUCUGCCCCAGCCGUGACCUUCUGCGAGGACUGACGUUAACCAUUAGGAGGUCACACGCUCAACUACUUCUGGGCAAAGAACGAGAGCAACGAUUCUUGGAAACCCAUUCUUAAUGGAUAUACGGACGAUAUUAUCUUGCCAAAUAUAUAUUGUAAAAUAGACGAACAAAACGUAUAUUUGCAAGACGUUUUUAGUUCGUAUAAAAUGGUUUACGAGUGUGACUUUAGGGAAAACGAUAGGGAAGACGCCUUUAUAAGGGCCAGAAAGCUAGCAGCGUUUCAGAGGCUGUAUUGCGUAGACUAUGAUUUUUGGUUGUAAACCAAUUUUAGCUAGUACCUAUUUUGCGACUUGCUUUUUGUGAAAUUCAACAAAACAGCAUCAAUUCUUGCGAAAG